ACUCGUGGUGGCGCUACUGCGCUUGCACGUAACCUAUGCAACCGUCCAUUGCCGUUGUUAAUUGGCACUGGGCUAGAUUGUCAAAAAAUCACUGAAUAUGGCCACCAAGAGGAUAACCCAAGACACAUUUGAUGAGGUUGUGAAGGAAAACAUUGAAGAGUUUGAGAUGUCGCCUGAGGAGGCACUAAAUGAAGCCAUUCAGCAGUUUGAAACGCAAGGAGUUAAUCUACUUAACAUUAUCAAGGCAGUGCCUACAGUCGAUAGUGAAAGUGGCACAGUCACAAGACAUCCUGUCCUUGAAGCCCUGGACCAACUCAACCAGGUUUUACAAGGCGCAGUCACCGACAAAGAAUCCGUCAAGGCAUUCCUGGUAAGGUUUUCAUCGGAGUGCGGUGCAGAUAUCUCUCAUCGCAUUGCUGCUGGCAGUAACAACGCCUACCCAACCCUGAAGUUUCUGGUGCAGAAGUAUCUCAAAGAUCCAGACAUGUUGCCGGUCACACUAGACACCAUGGCAGCUCUCCUGAACGGACAGCCCGACUUGAUACAGACGGCAGAGAUUCAGAUGCUUUGUGACGUCCUGCAGGAAAACGUCGCAUCGGAAACAGUCUCCGUUUCCUGCGUCCGACUGAUCCGCCUGUCAUGCACCAUGCACGAGAUGAACCGGAGAGCUUUUGUCAAAGCCGAACUCAUUCCGCUUUUGAUUCAGACGCUUGAAAAGAAUCCUCAGUCCACUGUCGCCAUCAAAGAGGCGUGUGGGGCGUUGCGAAUCUUGACUGUCGAUGAUGAUGUCCGGGUUCCUUUCGGAAAAGCUCAUGAUCAUGCUAAGAUGAUAGUGGAAGAAGGAGCAAUGAAGGCACUUCUCGACACACUUAGAGUUCAUUUGGAGGACUCCUCCCUUUCUGGUGAUCUGUGUUUGACUCUCGGCAGACUUGCCGUGCGCAACGAGUUCUGUCAGGAGAUUAUUGAUCUCGGUGGGUUGAAGCUUGUGCUCCAGGUGGUCAAUAACAACAUGGACAAUCAGAUUGUUGUGAAGCAGGUUUUGGCCAUGCUGAAAGCCAUUGCUGGUAAUGACCAAGUCAAAGUAGCCAUCGUCAAUGCCGGAGGUGCAGCCAUCAUAGUCCAAGCGGUCAGCCAGCACAUCAAACAACCUGGGGUUUGUGAGGCCGGCUUUGCUGCCAUUGCAGCCAUCACUCUGAGGAACCCAGGCCAUGCUAAGAUAGUCAUGGAGGCAGGCACGGCGCCUGUUGUCAUACAGGCCAUGCAGAUACACCCUAAAGAAGUAGCAACACAGAAACAAGCCUGCAUGGCCCUGCGUAACCUAGUUGCACGGUCCCGCGAGCAAUGCCAAUCCAUCUUAGCCCUAGGGGCGGAACCCUUGAUCCGGAAGGCCCUAGCCUGCUGUGAGGACGAGGCCAAGGCUGCCUUACGAGACCUAGGAUGCGAGGUGGAGCUGAAGGAGCUGUGGAAGGGGGAGAAGAACCCGAUAAUAAGAUGAAGAGGCUGGAGCAAGGCCUUGGUUGAUGGAGGACAGUGUCUCUGGUGGAUUCAGGGGAGGGCAGGAAGGAAUGAAGCCCCCUCCCUCCUGCUUUAGCCAAAUGAGCCCUUCUUACCCCCCUCCCCUUUGCACACAUUAGCUAUCCCCCCACCCCUCCCACCCCAGGGUGUUUUACUUGAGAUAGUCUUUUGGGGUGGUGAAUUUGAUAAGCAUAUUUACACGUGCACACAUCCUGAAUCGGUGCUUACUUGUAAGUUUGGCCAAUCAGAUGGUAGUGAAGGUUGCUCAGCAGCCAAUGAUAUCUUAGAGUCUGGGAUGUCAUUGCCUGUUCUCACCGAGUGAGAUCAGGUUUACAGUCCUUGAUCAAAUGUUCUGACAAAGUUACAUUAAGCCUAACUAUCGGAAAAUGUUUGUACAUUUAAACGGAGACUUUGCGUUCAAUACCUUCCCUGUUAACUUGUGCUUUUCAAAAACUUUGAACACUGUGCAUUCGCAUUAUUCAAAUGUUUAAACUUUUAUUUUUCAGUGUGUAUAGUAGAGGGUGGUAGUCCAUUUUGUCUGGCCAAUUUAUACUUCGCACGAAAGCGAAAGCAGCCUUGUGAUGCUAUGGACGAUCACUAUAGGCCAUCACGAAAAAACUACCACAUUUCAUAAUUCAACAACCACGGUUGAUUUUGCUGCAAAACAUUUUGAGCAGUCAAUUUCUCCUGGUCUCAUCAAUACACUGGUCUUACAAUUUAUCAAGAAAGGUUUCCAGAGCUUUUAAAACGUGAUACAUUUAAAAUUGUAAUAUCCUGUGCUGGGAUACUGUAAUUUCACUGGUCGAAGACAACACACCGAGAGUGAAAUUGCACUGCCCUUUUUGCGCACACGUGUUGAACCUGCUGGCAUACUAGCUUCGUCCAAUGGGCCACCUCAUGUCUGGUGAGACACCAAAGCCUUCAGUUAUCGAAGGUUAUAUCGCACAGUAAGUUACAACCAUUACUCUUUUUGAGUUGUGUGUGGGCAGAUCUUCGUCAUCGAAGAGCUCGGGAGUACGGUAAAUCAGUUGCGCCGUUGUUGCCUUUCGUGACGUCGGCGUCUGGCUUCAGCAUUUCGCCGCUCGGUAUCCGCGGUUGCAGUUUUGACGCCAUCUUUUGUUGCAGUUUGACAGCCAGGACGGUCCAUGGCCAGAUUUUCCCAGUUGUUGUUUGAAAUGUUGGCGGCAUUGAGGUGGCGUUUGAUGACAUCUUUGUAGCGCAGCUUUGGCCUGCCUGGCCGUCUGGGUGAUUCCAAGAGCUCGCCAUAGAGGAGGAUCUUCGGCAGUCUGUGCUCCUCCAUUCGCACGACAUGCCCAGUCCAGCGGAGAUGAAUUUUCAGCAACAUGUGCUCCACACUCGGCAUGACCGCUCGAUGCACCACUUCAUCGUUGGUAACCCGAUCCCACCAUGAGAUGUUGAUUGUUGGUUACAGUUAACGAUUGUUGACUGCUGUGAUAUGGGAUACGCCAUUUUUAUCCCCCUCGAUGCGCCCCUCGGGUGUUUCAUAUCCCACAUCACAGCAGUCAACAAUUGUUAACUGUAACCUUAUAUAAAAUAAAGGUUUACAUUGUCUAAAGUCAAUGCAUUUCCUCGUUUGUGAGUUAUUUGUACACUUUGGUCACCCCUAAAUCUUACAACUGAUGUCUGAUUUUUGUUUUUUAAAUGUAUUAUCCUCGUGUAUAUAUGCUGUGAAGUGUUUGAGUAUUUUUUGUUAUACAUGUGUUAAUUUUGUGUGAAUAUGCCUGUAAAGACAAGUAUUUGAUGACAUGUGUGUCAUGUUGUAAAGCACCUUUAAGCUGCGGAGCUGAUUGGAUUCGGUGUGCAAUAAAAUACACGUUCCACUUGCU